AUGAGUAUUGCCAACAACAUUAAGAGUACUAUUCCACAAACAGAAAGUGCCAGGGAAUACCUGAAGUUUGUGGAAGAACGUUUUUGUUCUGCAAAUAAGUCUCUCGCUGGUACACUAAUGGCUGAACUCACGACCAUGAAGUUUGAUGGGUCGUGUAGUAUGCAAAAUCAUAUCAUUGAGAUGACUAACAUUGCAGCAAGACUUCAGACCUUGGGGAUGAAAGUUGAUGACUCCGUCUUGGUUCAGUUUAUUCUGAACUCAUUGCCUCCUGAGUAUGGACCUUUUCAAGUUAACUAUAACACUAUUAAGGAUAAGUGGAAUGUUAGUGAAUUGUCUAGUAUGCUUACUCAGGAGGAGUCAAGACAUCUUAAUAUGUUGUAA